AACGACAACCCUUCGGCGCGCGACGACGUUACUUCGCCACAGAGAUAGUUGUCGGGUGGGUUGAUAAUAGAAGGAGACCCGAGAAAUUCUGAUGCCAACUCUUAUUUCAAGUUAAAUCCAAAAAAGAUCUAAUACCUAUACAUUUUCGACAACAAGCUCUCGUUCAGAAAGAAAGAAUAAGCUAUGAUAGGUCUGAUAGUUGAUGAAAUAUAAAGAAUUCACAGAUAGUCUUCAAGAUUACGGUUUAGACGUAGGGUAAAAAAACCAGCGCUCGGCGUUACUCGGGCCGAUAAUUCGAGAAUUAUUUCAAUUUGUCUUCCGCUUCUUCAACAUCCUCUUCGCCGUCCUCUUCGACAACCAUCCUCGGAAACACCAACAAUGUUUCAAUUAUUUCCACGGACUCCUCUGUGCCUAAGCGUCUUCAAGCCAAAGCCACAGGCGGUCACUGUAGCGCGACGACAUGGCCAAUGGCCUCGUUAUGCUAUUCGAAAGGUCGAUCGCAUAGAUUCGUAUCUCGAAGACAUUCCUGAUACUGAGGAGAAUAAAAACGGAUUGAAAAUCAUAUUUUUCGGAUCAGACGAGUUUAGCAUUCAGAGUCUGCUGAGGCUGCAGGAAAUUAGAAGAGAUCAUCCUUAUAUCAUCAAGAGGCUCCAUGUCGCGACGCGCUCUUGGAAAAAAACCGGCAAGAGAGCAGAAGUGCCGAUUGUGCACACUGCCAACAGAAUGUUGAUACCUGUUCUCAGAGCCGAAACGAAGGAUGACUAUGCUCAAAUUAUUUCGAGGAAAUAUGAUCUCGCGAUUGCUGUGUCGUUUGGAAACCUCAUUCCAGCAAAUUUCUUGCAAGGGCUGCCUCUAGGUGGUGUGAAUCUGCACCCGUCGCUUUUGCCAAGAUACAGUGGAGCUGCUCCAGUCCAGUGGACAGUCUUCAAUGGCGACUCCGAAACAGGCGUGACUUUGCAGACGCUCGACCUACACAAGUUCGACAAAGGCGAGAUCUUGAUGCAAUCGCCAAUCCAGAAAGUGCAACCUGACGAGACGUCUCAAGCGUUGCUGAAGAAGCUGGGUAAUAUUGGCGCAGAUAUGCUCGCGAGAGCAAUCACUCGCAUAGCACAGACCGAGAGCCUGGACCGCACAAGCACCAGUACUGAGGAAGAUUACAAUCCGGCAAGCAAGCUGAUCCCGUUGUUUGAGCAAGACAGGAAAGCUGUGGUCAAAACAGAAUUCUCUCACGCGCCCAAAAUCCUCCGGAGUCAUCGACGGAUUGACUGGGAGAAAUCCAAGUACAGUGAUAUCGAGCGGCAAAUGCGCGCGUUCGGGCCCGAACUGUGGACUACUGUGCAAGCCCGGCGCAAGUCAGAUCGCGCGCUUCUUUCCCGGAAUAUUUUCAUCGACAACAUGCGCGAUUUGACCUAUGAAGUUGAUGAGACAAAAGUGAACGGGCCCGCGAUAUUUCACGGGUACUUCGUCAAGACUGAUCCCAAGUACAAGUAUUUCUACCCGGGGUGGUUGAUACGCACAUGUGAUAGACGUAUUCUAUACACUAUCAUCAGGAGCGAGAGUUACAACAAGAAGGAGAGAUGGGAGAGCUGGCGCUUGGACUCGAUCGCACCUGUGGACCGGCUUUUGGAAAGUUCGACGGAUAUCCACGCGGCUUACAAAGAGAUGUUUAAAAGGAAAAAGACACAGGCUGAGUUAGAUGAGGAAGAGGCGAAUGCGAACAAGGCGUGGUAUCUAUUGGAAAAUCUGGAAGAGCUGGAGGAGUUCGAUGACGAUAAGGAUGGGUGGGAGAAAUGAUUUGAAUUACCAAGCAAGAAGAUUUUCCUCACGUGGAAAUUCGCUAGAGGUGUUUAUAAUUUGUAUAUAGCACACAAAGUAAGCUAUUGAUUGAGACAGCGAAAACGAUAA